AUGCCAUCUAAGUGUUAUCUGGAUGAAACUAUGUGUAAUGUUUCUUGUAUUGAUUAUUCUGAAGUACGCUAUAUUUUAAAUUUAACAUCCAUCAAACAAAAACGAUUAAGUUGUCAGCGUUUAUUUAAAGACAAUAUUCGUGUAUGUUUACUAUUGAAACGAACGUAUAAUUGUGUAUGUGAAAUCUUAGACUCUGAUUGUAAAUCACAAGUUACUUCUUCUAGUUCUAUUAGCAAUGACAACCAUUCACAAACAAUAAUAGAAGAUAUUUUACCAUCUUCAAACAGUUCAUGUAAACGUAAAUUUGAUGGGACAGAUGAUUCUGCAUCAAAACAACUAAAAUUAUCUUUAUCGAAUGUUGAACAUAAGACAAGAAUAUCUGUUAUUAUGGAUAAGCAUUAUGAUAUUCGUAAUGAGAACGAUUUUCUACAGUUUUUAGCUGAAUUCAAUAAUGUGAAAGCAAUACCAAGGAGGUAUUUGUGUGCGUUCUAG